AUGCCGGUCAGAAACCUUACGGAUUCCAAUCUGAACUUGAACGAGUCGUCUGAAAAUGUGGGACAGAGAGGUGGUCCAAAUCCAUACGACGCGUUGACGAAUCCGUUCUUGGAUUCCAAUGACGAAUUCGGUGACAUGAGAGGGCCGCAGUCGGGGUCCUCAUCGAUGGACCGUCAGCAAGACUCUGGGUACGACCACAUGGACGAUGCGGAUUUCACGCAAAAAUACUCGGCCACCAAUGGCAAUAUUACAGAUUACAAGGGUUACUACUCAAGGAACGCCAGUGCGGUGAACCAGAGUGCCAACGACACAACAGCAUUUCUGCCCCAGGGGAGAGGUAGGAUUUCAUCUGCGUCACCAAAUCCACCUAUAUUCGAUGCCAACGAGAUUCUAACGCCGCCAGCGUUUGACAGGUACCCGCUUGUAGGGUCCAAAGCUGCAUCGCAGACGAAUCUAAACUCGCAACUGAAUUCAGGGUCGUAUGGGAACCUGCAUAACCAACGCAAUGUAUACUCGGGACAACCAUCUCCAAGAGACGGUUCUAACUCUACUUUCUCGUCCUCAAAUCCAUUCAACCAAGAGCAAGAUUUUUCACCCUUUGGUGGGUACCCGACGACCUCCUUCCCAUUGCUAAUGGACGACAAAGAGGACGACGACUAUCUGCAUAACCCUGAUCCAGAGGAGGAGGCAAAAUUGGAUAGGAAAAGAUUUAUAGAAGACUUCAAACAUAUGGAUAGAAGGGCAUUCAGUGGUUUUAUGGGUAUAAUAAUCCUGUUUUCAGCUGCGGCAGUUGUCUUCGUGGUGCUACCGGCACUAACAUUCACAGGUGUCACAAACUACGGACCCAAAUACGAGGUUGUUGAGUUCCUGACAGGAUACCAGUACCCACAACUAUCCGCCAUAAGAACGAGUCUGGUAGAUCCUGACACGCCGGAGGAAAGCUUAACAAGAAAGGCGAAGGACGGCUCAUCGUGGAAACUGGUCUUUUCAGAUGAAUUCAACGCAGAGGGAAGAACGUUCUACGAGGGUGACGAUCAAUUCUGGACCGGCCCUGAUAUCCAUUACGAUGCUACGAAGGAUCUGGAAUGGUACAGUCCGGAUGCAUCAACGACUAAAAAUGGGACUCUUAAAUUGCGCAUGGACGCGUUCAAGAACCACGGGCUAUACUACAGAUCUGGGAUGCUCCAAAGUUGGAAUAAGAUGUGUUUCACACAAGGGAUAUUAGAGAUUUCCGCCAACUUGCCGAACUACGGUAAAGUUACUGGACUGUGGCCUGGUAUGUGGACGAUGGGGAAUCUUGGGAGACCAGGUUACCUAGGAAGUACAGACGGUGUUUGGCCAUAUUCCUACGACUCUUGCGAUGCCGGGAUAACGCCAAACCAAAGCUCCCCGGACGGUAUCUCCUACCUACCAGGGCAAAGACUCAGUGCCUGCACGUGUGAUGGUGAGGACCACCCAAACCCAGGUGUUGGUAGAGGUGCUCCUGAGAUUGAUGUUUUGGAAGGUGAAGUGGACACAGUACUGGGGGUAGGUAUUGCUUCCCAAUCCCUGCAAGUUGCUCCGUUUGAUAUUUGGUACAUGCCAGACUACGACUUCAUCGAAGUUUACAACUUUACCACCACCCAAAUGAACGGGUACUGUGGCGGUCCAUUCCAACAAGCCGUUUCAGCCGUUUCAACUCUGAACCGUACUUGGUACGAAUUUGGCCCCGAUUCUGGUUAUUAUCAAAAAUACGCAAUUGAAUACUUGAAUGAUGACGAGGACGGAUACGUGCGUUGGUUUGUUGGGGACGACCCCACAUAUACUAUUUAUGCAAAGGCACUGCAUCCAAAUGGUAAUAUUGGUUGGAGAAGAAUUAGCAAAGAACCAAUGUCUGUCGUUUUGAACUUGGGUAUAUCGAACAACUGGGCUUACAUCGAUUGGAGAUCUAUUUUCUUUCCUGUUACUAUGUCGAUCGACUAUGUCAGAGUAUACCAACCAUCGGAUGCUGUGUCGAUUACGUGUGACCCUGUGGACUUCCCAACCUACGAUUAUAUUGAGUCGCACAAAGUAAUUUACCAAAAUCCAAAUAUUACCAAAUUUGAACUGGCAGGAUUCAGCAUGCCAAAGAACAUUCUGACGGGCAAUUGUAAAAGUUCUAAAUUUUCAUUAUCAAAUUCAUAA